AAGCCAUCACGUAUCCCUAGAGUGUUGGUGAUCGGUGGUGGAGUUGUAGGUGUGACGUCAGCAUUACAGCUUCUACAAAAAGGAUAUAAGGUCACAGUUGUUGCAAAGGAGUUCGCUUCACCUGUCGCUUCUGGUAAAUGCAUCACCUCCGAGAUCGCCGGUGCUUUGUGGGAAUGGCCUCCUGCGGUGUGCGGACGUCACACAGAUGAGAAGUCACUUGAGAGAUCCAAGGUGUGGUGUAUGGACAGCUAUGGAAAGUUCAUGGAAUUGGCUAUGAAACCAAAGGAAACUGGAGCGUACCUCAGGCAAUCGGUCUUCUACUUCAAGGACAUGGUGCAAGACCUUCCAGCACAGUUGGAGAAAAUGAGCGAACUCUGUCAUUUGCCAGGAUUUCGUCAUGACGCAAAACUUAUCGAAGAAACCGGUAAGUGGACAUCUCUUCGCCCCGAAAUUACAAGCUGAUCUAUUUUUCAGCAGUUUCUUCUCUGUUUAGUAUUUUUUUUUUUUAUCAAUCUAAGUCUUAUAAAAAAGUGUGAAGUCUUUCAGUUUCAGUUUCACUCUUCAAAAUAUUAAAUCAUCUUUUUAGGAGCUGUACUUUAGGACCUGAUUAACUGAGUUCUUUAACUGAACACUGACUGGGCUGAUUCAUUACUUUUGCGAUCGUGCUUCUUUUUUUCAUCUCCUUUAUUCUACUUGUUCCGGACAAAUCCUCCAUAGUUUCGUAUAGUGUGCAUUACCGAAGUAUUCGGUAGUUAAAAUUGAUGAUUCUCUUUUCGAUUAUUCUAAACCCUAAAUGCUAACUGAUUGCUAACUAUUUCGGUCUCUCCUUUAGCGGUGAACACUGACACGGGUGUGGUGGACGCAUACCAGCACAUGGCUCCUAUGGUUGACACAGUUGUGUACAUGCAGUGGCUUUACAAACAGUGUAAAGAUAAGGGCUGUCGCUUUGUACACGAUGAAAUUAAAGGACUGCUGAGAGAUCAAGCAGAAGACUUGAAAAGGAAAUACAAAGCUCAGCUGAUCUUCAACUGCUCUGGACUCAGCGCUAAAGAACUGGCAGGAGACGAAGAUGUUUACCCUCUGAGAGGUAAAUAACUCUUUUGAGAUUUCACUCUUUGAUCAUCACUCUAGACCUGCACAUAUCAGUUAUCUGAUAGAAGGCACUGGAAAGUAGCAUUUUUGAUCAGUUAAAAUCAGCAUAAUCCGAAAGCUCUAAGAUGAUGUUUCUUAUCAUAUCAGAAAUACAAAACCCCUUAAUACAGACACUAUAAUAAGGGGACCAUAGAAAUUAAGUCGGUGUCCAUAUUAACUCGGGGUGAGUUUAGGGUAAAUGUAAGGUCUUUCUUUCCCCGAGGACAAAGCUAACUGUCCGUAUUAAGCGGGUGUCCGUAAAGCGCGGGAUUUGAUUAUAAAAGUCCCAGUUUUUCAGAAUGUUUUAAGGGACUUAUCCUUGACAAUCCAAGUACUAUUACUCGAUAAAUGAAAUUUAACGCCAAUGAAAACAUUGAAGCAAUAUGCCAUCCUAACCUCUCCACUGAAAUAACAAAUUGGUCACGCCGAAAUCUUGAGCAUGAAUUUUAAAUGGGUGUGUCGCGGGUACGGUUUGAUGCUUCCCUUGGAAAAAAGCCAUUGCGUCAUGAAAAAAAAACAUAAACCAGCACGACAGACCACUUCUUGGAUCGCAUUGAUCGAUGAUUAAUAAAACUAUAGUUCCUUUCUUCCGAAACUACGUUAUUGUCACGGAAAAGGUAUGCCAUUGUGUUCUAAACAGUGCUCAAUUUCUUCUUUCAGGCUGUAUUCUUAAAGUUAGAAAUGAUGGAAGCUUGAUGCCCAAACUCAACCAUUCUAUGUGCAUCUCGCUGAUCGAGGACAUUGACGAGUCCAAAAAAGACGGACAAAGCUUUGUGUUCAUCCUUCCAAGAGGCGAAGACAAACUGUGGUUGGGUGGCAUGGUACAACCCUACCAAUGGGACAGAAAUCUCACCCUCGAUUAUCCACCAAUCAGAAGAAUGUUUGAGAAAGUCAAAGAGUUCUACCCUCCACUUCGUAACUAUGGAGACGAAGACGUGGAAGAAGUGUUGGUAGGACUGCGGCCCGCUCGUAAAGGUAACGUUCGUCUGGAGUGGGAUCCUGUUUGUCCGUCGAUUCUGCACAACUAUGGACAUGGAGGCUCAGGUGUGACUUUCUCCUGGGGAUGUGCUAUAGAAGCUAGUGCCAUGGUGGAUCGUGUUCUCAAGAGACCACAGAUUCAUGUUUCUAAGCUCUGAAUUCGUUUCUCUAGCCAUAUUUAUAUAGUUAUAAGGCACAUAUUGUGUCCGAGAUUUUUAUUUUUCUACGCAUAUUUAAUAAGAAAAAAUCAAAUACCGUUAAUAUAUAGAACUGUUGUUCGAAAAAGAAAGAAAAAAGAAAGAAGAACAUUAUUUAAUAUAUGGACAAAAAAUAUUCGUAAAAAAUUAACAAAAGAAGGGAUUUAAAAUGAUAACAGUUGUAUGAGAGAUUUAUUUGCGUAUUUAUAUUACAUAACGAUGCUUUUCUUGCACUGUGAAUAUUUUUAAAUUAAUGAAAUAAAUCUGCUUAUAUUGUAAAUGAGACGUUUCACCGACUUUCAAUGACUUGACUUUGUUUAUACUCUAUUCUUAUCACACAUUUCACACUUCUUUGGGGAUUAUCUAAUUCAUGGGGGUAUUAGGCUAGCUUUUACACUUUCAGCGCUUUUUCAAUUUAGUUUACGCAAAAUUGGAUCAAAAAAGGCAAGGAUUGGGUUACAUUCUUACACCAAUUGUAGUAUCUGUAAAAGCAUUUGGUAGACCCCAGUUAAUUUUUACGCGGCUUAAUUUGGUGGAGAGCUCUCGUGCACAAUCCGCCGUUUCCUUUUCCACUUUUCCGUUAGUUUUAACAAAAUUUCAUGAGCUGUUAAUCUCUUAAUUUCGCCUCUUUUUGUAAACUUAGUUCAUAAGAUAAAGAUAGGGUAAAGUUAGGAUUGCAUCUAAAAUCGGUUAUGAGUAGCGGCAAAAUCAGCGAGCGUGAUGUUUCAAUAUUUUGAACCAGAAAAUUUCGUGGAUAGUUACAGGCGAAAUUAUAAGUUGAUCAGGAUCAGUUGAUCAGUUGAUCCUUGGAAUAACUCCGAAAAAAAGUGAAAGGAAGCAAAGUCUAUUUUUCAGCGACGUUUUCAUGGACGUCGCCGUUGCCGGAUCGUCAGGUCAACCACGACAGUGACAGCAGCGAAAACGUCACUUAAAAAGCAUCAUCCACGUGUUAAGACGGAAUCCAUUAGGAAAUUGAGUAAUUUUAAUUCUCAGUGGGCAAAAACCUUGUACCAGAAUACUUUAAGCCAUAUUGUAUUCUUUUUUACACUUUUCAAGGGCUAUAGAUGUAAUUAGUUAUCUGUAAUAACACCAAAGACAAUUUCUUACGGGAGCCCGAAAAAUGAAUUCUAAUUUCACAGGAACUGAGAAAACACAGGUAAAAUUGUCAAACGUAAGAUUUCAUGUAGUGAAUUGAACCUUUUGAAGUUUGUUUUCUCGGGCUCCAAUAAGAACCUUUUCUUUGGAGUGAUUUCAUACAACUUAUUGCAUUUAUAGCCCUUGAAAAGUGUGAAAAAGAAUGCAAUAUGCUUAAAACUAUUCUGGUACAAGGUUUUUGUCCACUAAAAAUUAAAAUUACUCAAUUUCCUAAUGGAUUUCUUCUUAAGUUGUUGUUUUGCUAACCUAAACGUACUGAUUUUUUGUCGUUCUCGUGUUCGUCGCCGUCGAUGGUGUUAAAGCUCCCAAAUGUUACAACAUCUUUAGUCAAAAUUAUAAAUGUCAUGAGAUAAAGGGGAAGCCUCCAACGUCAAAAUUUUUGCCGAUCAAAGAAUUGGCCAUUUCAGUCUGUGGUUUCAAUUUCGAGUGCAAGCCGGGGUUCAUGAGGCUAAACUUCCCUCGUCUUUGACGCGCGCUCGCCCAUCGGAAAUAAAGCGGACACGUUCCCCCUGGAUUCACGUAUGACUUAAAUAUCUUAAUAAAGUUGAUAAUUGCCAGUACAAACAUUAACCACAAGGGACUGCAAAGGACCGCAAACGCCGAGAAGUGAAUAUGCCGAAGAACGUAGGAUCUAUAAAGACCUGAUCAGCAAAAAUAAUAAUGUAGACAUAUUAAAUUCUGCAAGCAGAAUACUGCAAUGCUGAUCGUACUACGUGAAAAUUAACUCUGCAAGACAUCAACACGACACCGAAAGAACCCAAAACAGAGCGGGAUUGUAGCCAUAGACAGCUGUUUCGCCCUCUUUAGGGCUCGUCAGUAUGGCGUAACUGAACCAGAGAUCAGGCUCUGAUAAUUGCCCUUAAUUUUAAAAUUCCGAGUACGCCACACUCGUCACGCAAUCCGUUUUUUCCCCAAUGCACGCAAAGAGGAGAGAUUAUGUAAUGUUGCAAAAGAAUGUCUGCGUGGGAGGGAUACACAAUACAUUUCUCAUCAUUUUUAGAUUGAGAAAGCAAAGGAAAUAUAACUAUGAAAAAGUAGCAAUUCUUCGUACAACGUUUCAAUAUGGUAGUCAUUAUGGACAACAUUCCGUGUGGUAUCAAGUCUUUCAAGGACCAUUGCUGUGGACUAGAUAACCUUUUCCCGAACCUUUUUAUACGAUACAAAAUAGCUUUAGAACCUAUCAAAAAUAUAUUAGAGACGUGAAGACUUGAUUAAUGUACUUGAUCUAAGUUGCGGAUCUACAAACCUGCGAUCAGGCAUUCUAUUUUUUCGGGAAAGAGGGAAAUUCAGGGGACGGAGAAAGGGAAAAAAGGAACGCAUUCUUUUCCUCUCCGGCCCUCGGUCCCAAAGAAGUAACUGAAUUCAAAACCAGGGACAUGAUCAUCACGGGGAAACACUAAUCCCUGCGACACCUUGGUCUGUGAACCAUUUUUAACUAAAACAUUACUGUCUGUGGCAAAGGAAUCUUUAAACUGAAAUGGAAAGGGAAAUCUGGCCCCACUUGAUCAAAAAUAAAACACAAACAGCGGUGACAAACAUUGUCAGCUUUCGCAUUUUUAUAAACUUGACGUUUCGUAUACUGGCUAUCAGGAGAUUUCGUUUCGUAUAUGCUACCUGGCGGUAGAAUUCGGACUUUAACCUGUCAAUUCCUUAACAGAACGCUUCAAGAGAUCUUUUAUUUAUAGGUGUCUUUUUAAUUUUGUUUAAUUGUACUUGAUCUUAAAUAGAUUGCAUUGUCAUGCUAAAAAGCCACACGUAUGUUGUGACACCUUACGUUGAAGUUUGAAUUUUAUCUGCGAUUUUCCCAAAACUUUUCUCAAAAUGAUUACCCCAGACGUGAUUUUGGAGUAGCACAAAUCCAUUGAUUCUUUCCUUUUAAUGUCACGAUUUUUGUCCGUUUUCGAAUUCUAGGGAGUAGCGGAACAAAAAACCAGGAACUGACGUGCGAUCGAUAAGUAAACGUGAGAAACAGAGAAACGUGAAAGUGUGAUCGAUGUUGUUACACCAUCGCCUGCGCCUGCUGGAUGGGCCAACAUGACAAUUAAAUUUCAGUGAACAGAAUGAAUGCCGGAGUGAAUGACGUGAAUUCAUGAACUUCAGACUCCAGUUAUUCAAAAGCUUAGGUGGAUAACGCUAUCAUGCACCGGUCAGUCAGGAGUACCCAACGACUGUUUUCUGUAAAAUAUCUGUUCGGAGAAGCAACAAUUGCCUAUAGCUUGAGGAAGGCUAAAAAUUUCUAGAUGACCGUUCUAAUCAUGUAAAAUUUUUCGAAGCUUAUCUAAUAAAUUCCCUUCGAUUUUCUAAAGUUUAAUUUUUCACAUUUCACUCCUCAACUGAAACUAUUUUUCGUAGUUAAAGGAAACUUAAAAUUUUCGGAUUCGAAAAUGCAAUGAAAAGAGGAAUCAGAAAGAUUCUUACUUUCUUAAAAUUUUAAAUUACUUCUAAAAUUUUCGGGAAAAUAAUACCGAAGCUCUUGGGUCACUUUAGAUCACUUUUGAAAUGUAUUUUAAUAAUACCCAACUAUGAAUAAAGACUCUUAUUAGUAGGCACCCAAUAACACACGGAAAUUCUGCAAAUGGCCUAGUAGGAGAGUUCUCGAAAUAAGAACGAAAUUCAACACGCUUAAUAAAUUCAGCCCGUCUUGAGAUUUCUUCGUUAUAUAUUUGGAGAUAAUUGAAACGUUAAAAAAGCUAACACUCACAAGCACUCAAAGUAGCUGACCCAGCGUUCCAAUAUUAGUUGACCCUAGCAACCCUUUCGGGGGCAAAAUUAAAUGGAUCAGAUGUAGAGGUCUUGGCCUCGAAACUUUCCCACAGACCCUUAACAUAUAACACUUUCCUCUUCUCCUAAUUUCCUAAUUUAAGUUUGAAAUCGUUUUAGACUUCUUGCUUAUAAAGAAAGUCCAUCCAUGGAAAACUCACACCUCACGAUUUUUUGACGAAUCUACGUGAUGUGGUCACCAUAUUUCAUAACUAGUCAGCAUUUUUUGUUACGUAGGUUGCCACAAAGUGCAAAUAUUCCGGUUGACUGGUUUGAUUAACAGAUCAAAUGGAGAGUCAUGCUCACCAGUGAGUCACGUCACACUUUAUCCUGAACCAUAUAAAUAUCAGGGAAAAACUGUUAAGAAACAGUUCAAUCCAUUUGUGCAAGUAAAGGUGAAGAGAAAACGACUCAAGAAAUCAAGAUACAAAAAUGCCAGUAACAGUUCAAGAAAUGUCGGUCCCGAGAAAUUCUCGUUCUACAAAGGUAACUGACUACGCUAGGACCAAGUUAGGACCGGCUAAAUAUUUCUUGUUUUGUAUAUUUAAUAGCUGUUCAUAGCCUAUUUUCUUGAACUUUUAUGAGGCAAUUUCUGUGUUUUCUACCGGCUACUGUAAAGUGCAGAGCCAUUGAUGGCUGAAAUUGGUUGUCCUCGAUCAUGCAAAUAAACUCAUUUUCACUUGAAAAUUUUGUAUCAGUUACCCUCACUCAAAGAAAUUGAGGAUUCUAAUCUAAGGACAAAGACUCUGUAUUUUUUCUCUUUGAAUGAAUAAUAUGAGUAAUGAGGGAAUUUAAAAAGGACACCUGGUUCCCGGCGAUAGUUCAGAUGGCGCAUUUUUGCUGAAAUGCCAGAAUUUUAUAAUUUACUCAGUGCUGAGGGGCACUUUUGACCGAAGUAAGCGUAGCGCAUAACGCUGUUUUUUUCCAUGUUUUUAAUCUUUACACUCCAAACUUAGCUAGAAGGUAGCAUUUACUCUAUUAAGUUUGCUGUUUUGUAUCUAUCCAGCAGUUAACGACUUUCCCUCCUAUGAAACGUUGUAUGAUGAUUAACCCUUUUGUAUCCGCUUUUUGUUCUUUAUGUAGAAGCCAUCACGUAUCCCUAGAGUGUUGGUGAUCGGUGGUGGAGUUGUAGGUGUGACGUCAGCAUUACAGCUUCUACAAAAAGGAUAUAAGGUCACAGUUGUUGCAAAGGAGNCGACUUUCCCUCCUAUGAAACGUUGUAUGAUGAUUAACCCUUUUGUAUCCGCUUUUUGUUCUUUAUGUAGAAGCCAUCACGUAUCCCUAGAGUGUUGGUGAUCGGUGGUGGAGUUGUAGGUGUGACGUCAGCAUUACAGCUUCUACAAAAAGGAUAUAAGGUCACAGUUGUUGCAAAGGAGUUCGCCUCACCAGUCGCUUCUGGUAAAUGCAUCACCUCCGAGAUCGCCGGUGCUUUGUGGGAAUGGCCUCCUGCGGUGUGCGGACGGCACACAGAUGAGAAGUCACUUGAGAGAUCCAAGGUGUGGUGUAUGGACAGCUAUGGAAAGUUCAUGGAAUUGGCUAUGAAACCAAAGGAAACUGGAGCGUACCUUAGGCAAUCUGUCUUCUACUUCAAGGACAUGGUUCAAGACCUUCCAGCACAGUUGGAGAAAAUGAACGAACUCUGUCAUUUGCCAGGAUUUCGUCAUGACGCAAAACUUAUCAAAGAAACCGGUAAGUGUACAUCUCUUCGCCCCGAAAUUACAAACUGAUCUAUUUUUCAGCAGUUUCUUCUCUGUUUAGUAUUUUUUUAUCAAUCUAAGUCUUAUAAAAAAGUGUGAAGUCUUUCAGUUUCAGUUUCACUCUUCAAAAUAUUAAAUCAUCUGUUUAGGAGCUGCGCUACUUUAGGACCUGAUUAACUGAGGUGCUGACAGGGCUGAUUCAUUACUUUUGCGAUCGUGUUUCUUUUUUUCAUCUCCUUUAUUCUACUUGUUCCUGACAAAUCCUCCAUAGUUUCCUAUAGUGUGGAUUAUCAAAGUAUUCGGUAGUUAAAAGUGAUGAUUCUCUUUUCAGUUAUUCUAAACCCUAAAUGCUAACUGAUUGCUAACUAUUUCGGUCUCUCCUUUAGCCGUAAACACAGACACGGGCGUGGUGGACGCAUACCAGCACAUGGCUCCUAUGGUUGACACAGUUGUGUACAUGCAGUGGCUUUACAAACAGUGUAAAGAUAAAGGCUGUCGCUUUGUACACGAUGAAAUUAAAGGAUUGCUGAGAGAUCAAGCAGAAGACUUGAAAAGGAAAUACAAAGCUCAGCUGAUCUUCAACUGUUCUGGACUCAGCGCUAAAGAACUGGCAGGAGACGAAGAUGUUUACCCCCUGAGAGGUAAAUAACUCUUUUGAGAUUUCACUCUUUGAUCAGCAAUAUACACCUGCACAUAUUAGUUAUCUGAUAGAAGGCACCGGAAAGUAGCAUUUUUGAUCAGUUAAAAUCAGCAUAAUCCGAAAGCUCUAAGAUGACUUUUCUUAUCAUAUCAGAAAUACAAAACCCGUUAAUACAGACACUAUAAGGGGACCAUAGAAAUUAAGUCGGUGUCCGUGUUAACUCUGGAUGAGUUUAGGGUACAUCUAGGGGCUUUCUUUCCCCGGGGACAAAGCAAACUGUCCGUACGUAUUAAGCGGAUGUUCGUAAAGCGCGGGAUUUGACCAUAAUCUCCCAGUUUUUCAGAAUGUUUUAAGGGACUUCAGUCCCUUGACAAUCCAAAUACUAUUACUCGAUAAAUGAAAUUUAACGCCAGUGAAAACAUUUAAUCAAUCUGCCAUCCUAACCUCUCCACUACAAUAACAAUUUGGUCACACCGAAAUCUUGACCAUGAAUUUUAAAUGGGUGUCUCGGGGGUAUGGUUUGAUGGUUGCCUUGGAAAAAGACUAUUGCGUCAUGAAAAAUACAUAAACCGGCACGACAGACCACUUCUUGGAUCGCAUUGAUCGAUGAUAAAGAAAAUUAUAGUUCCUUUCAUUCUGACACUAAGUUAUACUCACGGAAAAUUAUGCCAUUGCGUUCUAAACAGUGCUCAAUUUCUUCUUUCAGGCUGUAUUCUUAAAGUUAGAAAUGAUGGAAGCUUGAUGCCCAAACUCAACCAUUCUAUGUGCAUCUCGCUGAUCGAGGACAUUGACGAGUCCAAAAAAGACGGACAAAGCUUUGUGUUCAUCCUUCCAAGAGGUGACGACAAACUGUGGUUGGGUGGCAUGGUACAACCCUACCAAUGGGACAGAAAUCUCACCCUCGAUUAUCCACCAAUCAGAAGAAUGUUUGAGAAAGUCAAAGAGUUCUACCCUCCACUUCGUAACUAUGGAGACGAAGACGUGGAAGAAGUGUUGGUAGGACUGCGGCCCGCUCGUAAAGGCAACGUUCGUCUGGAGUGGGAUCCUGUGUGUCCGUCGAUUCUACACAACUAUGGACACGGAGGCUCAGGUGUGACUUUCUCCUGGGGAUGUGCUAUAGAAGCCAGUGCCAUGGUGGAUCGUGUUCUCAAGAGACCACAGAUUCAUGUUUCUAAGCUCUGA